UAGAGCUCUACAGAUCACUCGCAGCCGGGCUGUGCUAUAGACCGGAUCGUUGUGCUCAGUGUUCCGCGUUUCGCGAUCGUCCGAGUGGUCACACGACAGAUUUGUUUUGCGAUGUACAGAAAAGUGCUAUUUGGAGGCGCGGUUUUGCUGCUCAUCGCGACAGUGUCCAUCAACGCCAGGCCUGAAGGUGUUCCCGCAACGGUAGAGCCCCUCACGAGUACCACAGAAGUGGUGGCUGGAAGCAGCACGACAGUGGCACCCGAGUCGAGUAAAAUUACAAGAUUUUUCGACGAUGUCUCGUCCGCUAUCAUGCAAGGCACAGCAAAGGUCAAGGAGAGCUUCGAGAGUGCAGCUUCCUCGGUGAAGGAUGGUGUCUUAAGGGGCUAUGACUACGUGAAGGACAAGUUUCAAGGUUCGAACGGAGACGUGACGGAACCGGAAAACAACGGAACUGUUUCUACGUCAGCCAUCACCACCACCACGGCCACCAGCGGAUCAGCGCGAGCGCUUAGUUCGAGCACUGAUGCGCUCGUCACCACGGUCACCUCGAAAACAACAUCCCCAAGAACGGUCGGUUCGCUGGACAGUGCGGCCAAGAAGACAAGUGUGUACAAAAUUGAACCCAACGAUGAGGAACCCGCGGACGAUGAUCGAAUUGUUUUCAAAGAUGCAGAAGAAACCGGCACCGACUCGCCGGUAACGACGACAACGCCGAAGAAAAACCUAGACGAUCGGUUCAUUAUCGACGGACCCCUGGCUUGCAAAACCGGCGAGACACUGAUUAACGGAAAGUGUCGAAACACGUUCUAAACAGAGCAGGCAAACCAAUUACGCAGUGCUUCACUCUCUUCCUGCUCUAGACAGACAAACGCAAUCAGCACCAGAAGUCUAGAACAAGUGUGAUUUUAUAAUUUAAUUCUAUUGUCGAGGUAAUCUACUCUCUUAAGUGCUUGUGUAACCGAUGAAAUCGAGUCGAAUAAAUUGAAUUUAUUCUGAUCAACCGUA